AAGAAGCAUAGUUUUUCCUAGCAGCCGUGAAUGCACCACGGCCACCCUGUCCAAUAGUCGGUCUCUAUUUGGUGGAGAAAGAAUUUUGAACCUAAAACCGCCUUUUGUUUUCGACCAAGUAGCCUGCUACCUUCACCUGUCAACUUUAAGAAAACGUGCUUUUACAUGCAAAAUAUGGACGAAUUAUUCCACACAAGACUGGUUGAAAAUAGCCGUAACUACAGAAAUUCACUGGAACGAAUCAUCAACAAGUAUUCAAAGCUUCAAUACCAAGAUGGGGGGGUGGAGGUGGACCUCGACAGUACAAGAACCCAAACACUUGAACACUACAUGAACCUGUCAAAAGUAGAGCUGAACAAGCUGGAUUCAAAGAGUCUGACAGAUUUGAGAGAGGAGUCGAUAGCAGCACAGGACAUUACAAGAGACUCUCAGUUGGACUUCACGCAUCAAGAUGGCGAAGCUGAGAUGACUUGUAUUUCCACUACCCAAUUAUCUGUGCAUAAUUGGCUGGCUAGCAAUGACACAACUCACCUGACUGUGAGCUCUAUGGAUGAGAGUCAGAGAACCAUUUCUGAGACGCAGUUCCAGCCUGAGGAGCAAGACGAUGAUCUGGAGAUGAGUCUGAGAAGUCAGGGCAGCUCUUUGGUGGAGCUCUACCCCAGCAUGAUCAGUCGAAUAGGGAGGGCCUGGCAUCGGCAGCACGUCUCUGAGGCAGCCGACUCGGUGCUGAGGAGGUACCGCAGAUGGCGACAGCAGUCAAAGCGAAGCAAUCUCAGUAAAACCUUCAUUGUCACGCUGAGACACACCAACAGAAACCAAAAAAGCAUGACCAGCCAGACGCCGCUCAAGGAGAACACCAACAGCCCCGUGAAAAAGCAGUUCACCCAAACUGCCCCUCAGUCUCCAUUGCAUAAUGUAACGAAUAUGCAGGAUUGGCAAGCACAGCAGCAGUCUCCUGGGAGGUUGAGAAGAGAGCAGCACAAGCCUAUUCUCGCCAUGGACCUCUCUGGUCCGGCCGAGUUCUUCAUGUCAAAUAAGAGCUCGCUGAACGAGACCUUCAUGCCCAAAGAGAGCUCGCUGAACGAGACCUUCAUGCCUAAAGAUAGCUUGCUGAACGAGACUUUCAUGCCCAAAGAGAGCUCGCUGAACGAGACCUUCAUGCCUAAAGAUAGCUUACUGAACGAGACUUUCACCGUGUGUGAAGUGUCCCAGCUAGGAGAACAGCCCUCCAUCUACAAGUUAAGUCCUUCCCGACCUUGCUAUCCUGCAGCAAAAGCAUCCUUGGACCUGUCUCUCGGGUCCAAAAGACUUUCUUUCACUGCACGCUCACUGCAGACAGUUGGCUCCUCCUUGGAAGCCACCGCUGCGAGAGAGAGACCAGACAUCUACGGCUCCCCAGUCCGGCAAAGUCCCUCCCAUUCCAGGGUGAUGACCGGCCUCAGUAGGUCACCUCACGCCUUUUCCAGAAGCCCCAAAGCGCAUUCUGUGGAAAGCUGUUCCAGAGAGCCUACGAGGCCCAGGUUAAUGUCCACCCCUCCACAAAAGCCAACUAUGCCACAGAGGAUGCUUCAUCCUCAAGACUCCCAUCCCUCCUUCCACCAACAGCUGCGUUCACCUCAGGGGGCCACGGGAACAAAAGGCAGCGGCAAGCUCCGGCGGCACCUUUCCUUCGACUCCUCCCUGCCAUCCAUCCGCAUCUCUUGCUCCCCGAAGAAGCUUGACGAGGACUUCCUCAAGCUCUACCACAAGUUUGUCUGCCAGAACAAGUCAUCCGUCUUCAACAGGCUUCCCUGCCGCCUCUGUGCCCGAAGUUCCGAGGCCGGCAGAGGCCCCUCCUCCUCAGCUCUGGCAGCUCUCGCCUUGUCACCCCACCGCUCCCUCCUGAGGAAACGCCACAGGGAGUUGGACUGGGACAGCCAACCCCAGUCCAAAAGGUUCAGGGACAAGCACUGCCCAUCCUCCCCGGGGUCCUACCGCCAUGGGAAAGAGAUGCUGAGGCGCUGUCUCUCUCAGUCCGAGUAUGAGCAGCCUCAUUAUGGCCUCUCCUACAGCGCCACUAAACCCAGUAUGUUUCAAAGAUUCAGCCCCCAGAAGCGCUCAGCAGAUAAUCAGGAAACAUGGAUGAGUCUGCACCGCCAUGUGUCUGCAGCAGAUUUUUCUGGCAUUGGAAGUUCACUUGAGAGCAGAAUGACCCAUGGCUUCUCCCCCAGAAAAUGGUGAACACCAGCCUGCCCACAGAAGAAGGAAAACUGUUUUGUCGUGUCACAAAUGUCAGUAUGAAAGUAUUUCUGAAAGUGUCGGGUACAAAUAUAGUUGAAAAUUACAUGUGUGAGCUCAGCAAAUUAUGUUCCUAAACUGCUGCAUGUUACAUUUAGUGCUCAUUAUAGAUCCGUUUGUGUUCCUGUUUGGAUGUUUUUAAUUUUUACAAGUACUGUCAAACCAUGUAUUUGUCUAAUCUUAACUUUUUAUACAUACUGUGGUACAUCAUUACCUCAGUUAAUACAGCCUCAUGUUUAUUUAUUUUGUUUAUUAUUGAAAUAAAAUUGCCAAUGUCAAAAUGUAGUGUCUGAAAAAAGGA